AAUGACAAAGUAAAUCCAUGUGUACUACACGUGAAAGUGGAAUAUGAGACGACGAAUCAAAAGGCAUUCAAAACAAGGCCUGGGUAAGGACGAUCCAAAUGACCUUAUUAUGUUAGAAAAAUCCAGUUAAAAGUUGAAUCCUUGUCCACCGGAGACUAACCUAACAUUAAGAACCAGAGCAUGGUGUCAACUGGCAAGUGGGCAGCAACCACACAUCCAAGACUCCACAAGAAACCGUCAAUGGGUUCCAUUGGAGGACACACCGCCACCGGCGACCGGCGCCGCCGCGUGCUGUUCUUCCCGCUCCCGUACCAGGGCCACAUCAACCCCAUGUUCCAGCUCGCCGGCCUCCUCCACUCGCGCGGGUUCGCCGUCACCGUCUUCCACACCGACUUCAACGCCCCCGACAAGUCCCGCCACCCUGCCUACGACUUCGUCCCCGUGCCCGUCGUCUCCGACUGCUUGCCGCCGGAGGGCAGCUCGGAUGCCUUCCAGGUGACCGUCCAGCACAUCCUCGCCGUGAACCGCGCCUGUGAGGCUCCGUUCCGGGAGCGCCUGGCCGCGCUGCUGUCGUCGUCGGAGUCGGAGCAGCAGGCACAGCAGGAGGACGACGACGUCGCGUGCCUCGUCGCCGACGCCCACCUUCUGACGCUCCUGGACGUUGCGCGGGGGCUCGGCGUGCCCACGCUCGUGCUGCGCACCGGCAGCGCUGCCGGCCUCCGCAUGUUCGCGGCGUUCCCCGUGCUCUCCGACAAGGGGUACCAGCCGGCGCAAGAGUCGCAGCUGGAGGCGCCGGUGAGGGAGCUGCCGCCGUACCGCGUCCGGGACCUGCCGUCGACUACCGUCGCCUACCACGGCGUAAUAAGCGAGGUCAUUUCCCGUAUAGUGACGGCCGUGACGACCUCCUCGGGCGUCAUCCUCAACACCAUGGACGCGCUCGAGUCCGGCGAGCUGGCGUCGCUCCGGCGAGACCUCGGCGUGCCCGUGUUCGACAUCGGCCCGCUCCACAAGCUCUCACCAGCGGCCUCGAGCACGAGCAGCUUGCUCCUGCAGGACCGCGGCUGUCUCGAGUGGCUCGACGCGCAAGCCCCGGCGUCCGUGCUCUACGUCAGCUUCGGCAGCCUCGCCAGCAUGUCCGCCGCCGAGCUGGUGGAAACAGCCUGGGGCAUAGCCAACAGCGGCCACCCGUUCCUGUGGGUUCUCCGUCCGGGGCUCGUCCGCGGAACGCCACCGUCGUCGUCGUCGUCGGAGGCGCCAGCGCCAGUACUACCAGCGCUGCCCGACGGCUUCGACGCCGCGACGCGCGGGCGUGGCGUGGUCGUGAGGUGGGCGCCGCAGGAGGAGGUCCUGGAGCACCCCGCCGUGGGCGCGUUCUGGACGCACUGCGGCUGGAACUCGACGCUGGAGAGCGUGUGCGCCGGCGUGCCGAUCAUGGCGCGCCCGUGCUUCGGCGACCAGAUGGGGAACGCGAGGUACGUGGAGGACGUGUGGCGGACGGGCCUCACGCUCGUCGACGGCGAGGAGAUCGUGAGGGGCAAGGUGGAGGCGGCCGUCGCGGCGGUGAUGGGGCCAGGAGAGUCCGGCGACGGGCUGCGGCGGAGGGCGCGGGAGCUCAAGAGCAGCGCGGCGGAGUGCAUGGCCGAGGAUGGGUCGUCCUGGACGAGCGUCGACAAGCUGGUAGAACACAUACUGACACUGUAGGCGGUUUGUACGAGAGCAGCCACGUGGUGCUGUUCUUGGGUACUUACUCUUUUCCAUUGGAAACAGGAGCUCAUGAUCCUCAACUCGGCACUCAGUCACAGUAGACUCGAUCUCAUGGAUACCUUCAGGUGACCAUGCAUGUGAACUUUGUUUUGUCUCUUGCUGUGUUUGUGUGUUCUUGUCCUAUCCAUGAUCUGUGCUAACUUUGCGUAUACAACUUGUAUGUUGCCACUGGAUGACUGACUUUGACUUGCGGACUGUGGUGGAGCAUGACAAGAAAGGGUUUCGUUGGUUGGAUGGUUUUCUCAGAGACCGAUUCUUUAGGCUUCAGUUAGCUAGCAUAGGACCGAGUAUUUGAGUUGUAAUUUAUGACUAGUCUUAGCGUGUCCUAGUCUUCAACUGAUCCAAGCUUGUAGGAGUCAGUUAGUCUUGAGUGGCUAGCCUUGAUCGGUAUCGUGUAUAUGUACUCUGAA